AUGCAUCUACUCUGGGAGAACGUAGUCAAGAAUCUGAUGCAGCUCUGGACGGGUCAAUACAAAGGCAUAGACUGCGGCUCAGAGGACUACCAAAUUGAGCCAACGGUCUGGGAGGCUAUCGGCGCUGCGAGCGCGGAGUCGGGUGCGUACAUCCCAUAUGUCUUUGGGCCACGCCCUCCAAACGUCGCGAGCGACAAGACAUCCUGGACGGCAGACACGCGCUCGUUCUGGAUACAAUAUGUCGGGCCGGUGCUUCUCGAACGACGAUUCAAGCAUCGCAAAUACUACGACCAUUUUGUCCUGCUUGUCAAGCUCCUCCGCAAAUGCUUGCAAUUCGAGCUUUCCCAAGCGACGGUAGCGGAGAUCCGUACUGGCUUUGCGCAGUGGGUUCUGAAGUACGAGGAAUUCUAUUACCAAUACGAGCCAGACCGUCUUCCCAUGUGUCCCGUCACCAUCCACGCACUCUUGCACAUCGCCGACAGCAUCACACAAGCUGGACCGGUAUGGGCCGCCUGGGCAUUCAUCAUGGAGCGCUAUUGCGGUGCUCUGCAGCCUGCGAUCCGAAGCCGCCGCUAUCCCUACUCGAGCAUGAACCGCUAUGUCCUCGAUCAUGCCCGGCUUACUCAGAUCAAGCUCAUGUAUGGUGUGCGCGCACGUCUAGCAUUAAGACCAGAGGCCGUCGAGAAAGGCAGGCGGGUGCCUGGGUAUGAAACAUGUAUCCUUCUCCCUGCACAUCAUCGCAUCGUACUUCAAGACCGUGGAGUGAAGGACAAGAUCAUUGGCGCACUCUGCACCCGGUUCAGAACGUACACGCCUGCCAUGAUUCGACGUGCGCUCCCUUCAGAGGUGGACGAGUGGGGCAAAGUCCGGAUUUUGAACGACGGCGAUACGAUGCGAGCUGCAACAUUGCACAAGGGUGGAGAGGACACACGAGAUGCGUCAUUUGUUCGGUAUGAGGUCCUUGUAGAUCUCAACACACGUUUCCGAAACCUUCCGGUCAUUCUUCAGCCAAAGACCUUGUAUGGCCAACUUCAGCGGAUCUUUGAGAUACAACUGUCCUCCUUGCCCCAUAACGGUAAUCCUCCGGGCGAUCCUCCUCCUCCAGUCGUCCUUGCAGCGAUCCAAACCUGCGACAUCCAACGCUCCAAUGACGCUCUCGACAUCCACUAUUACUCUAGGAUGGGUGGUAUCGACUACGUCGAUAUAACUACCAUCCAGUGUGUCGUUGGCCGCAUCAAGGAUCGCGGUAACUUUGCUAUCAUUGACCGUAGCGGCACUCUGUCGCGUGCCAUCUACGUCAACGAUGGAGAGGAAUAA